UUUCAAGAUGGCUGCGCCCAUGGCACUACAACUUUUAUUUCUGUUGCUAGCUGUUAGCACAAUUUUCUGUGAAAAGAGCGAUGGUACUGGCGAUAAAAUCAAGAUUUCUAUCAAGGAUGGGCCUAUGAGAGUAUUCACAGACGUGGAAAUUGCACAAUACGAUGGUUCACACCCUGAUCUACCUAUCUACAUGGCCAUCAAGGGUGUUGUCUUUGAUGUUACACAGGGAAAAGAAUUCUAUGGCAAGGAUGCCCCUUACAAUGCCCUUGUUGGUAGGGAUUCCACCAGAGCUGUUGCUAAGAUGUCUUUAGAGCCUGAUGAUCUCACAUCAGAUGUGACUGGUCUAUCAGAUGCAUAUCUCGAUUCCUUGGAAGACACUUUCAAGAAUGUCUACAAGGCUAAGUAUCCUGUGGUUGGUCACAUGACUUUUAAUGAUCACCAUAGGCAUGGUGACCUUUGACCUGAUAAAUGAUGAUGACCUCAGAGAAAAGUAUGCAAGACAAUGUAUAUCAGCCAAUACAAAUUCUAUGAUUCUAUGCAAUAUAAAGAAUAAACACAAAUUUUCUUCAUCAAAUUGUUCACACUCAGUAAGAGCCAAUUUUUGGCAAUGCCACUAUAAAAGAUUCUUGAUUUUUCUGACCAGUACUUUUAGACCAAUGUACCUUACUUUAGAUGAUAAUUUGCUCAUAUUAAAGAUAUAGGCCGGUAGUGGUAAAAUUGCGGUUCAAGGGUUUUGGGUGCAAAAUAUCCAUUCAAUAUUGCUUAAAUAUUGCCUUCAGAGAUUUAGAUGGCAAUAC